AUGAGCUGUCUGCUCCCCGAGACCGAGACUAAGCCUCCUGUUAGGGAAGGGAGAGUGCUUGACUCGCUGCGAUCUCUAAGUAUUCGAAACAUCCAAGACCCAUACAGCCACGGGGAGCGUCUUGAGACCAUGACUACCCGCAACAGUACUCUCGACACGGAGAACCUCAACACUAUGCUGAACGGCGGACUCGAGAGGUUCUACAAGAAGUACCACCAUUUGUCCCGCAAGAUCAACCUACAGCUACCGACUCCCGAAAUUCGAUUCCAAGAGCUGUCCUUCUCGGUUCAAGCACCUUCAAGCACAGGCAGUCACAGUACAGUCGGAACCCAUCUGGCACAGAUCUUCACUCCUUGGAAACGGCCACCUACGAUGACCAAGCAUGUUCUUCACCCCAUGACCGGCGUCAUUAAACCAGGGUCCAUGACGUUGCUUCUAGCUAACCCAGGGGCCGGCAAAUCGACGUUUCUAAAGGCAUUGGCCGGCAAGUUGCAGAAUAACUCGAAAACGGAGAUCGGAGGCGAAAUCCGGUACGCAGGACUACGAGGUGCCGAAAUCGACCUCGUCAAGCUGGUCGGUCUUGUUGAUCAGACAGAUAACCACAUUCCUACACUGACAGUGCGUGAGACGUUCAAGUUCGCCGACAUGUGCAUGAACGGCCGCCCAAAAGACCAACACGAGGAAUUGCGGGACAUCGCUAAGCUGCGUACGGAGCUGUUUCUACAGAUCCUGGGUCUUGAGAACUGCGCCGAUACUGUGGUUGGGAAUGCUCUACUACGAGGUGUAAGUGGCGGUGAACGUCGACGUGUGACGGUGGGUGAAAUGCUGGUUGGGGGUCAAAGUCUCUUCCUGUGUGAUGAAAUCUCGACGGGUCUCGACAGCGCUGCAACGUUCGAUAUCGUCAAGGCAUUGCGUACUUGGUGUAAGACGUUAGACUUCCUCAUUGAGGUGACGUCUGGACGUGGCCAACAGUACGCGAACGGCAACGUGCCGAAGCAGUACUUGGCCGUCACAGCUGAGGAUUUCCACAGCGUCUUUACGCAAUCCAGUCUUUUCAAAAAGACCCAGGUAGCUCUAAACAAGAGCCCCAAGCCGUCAUCGCCGGCAAAUAGCAAGAAGCCUAAACGACUCGUGAGUCUCGCUCGGAAGAAAGGGAAGUCGGAGUUUGGGUUGGCUUUCAUUCCGAGUACUCGACUGUUGCUGAACCGACAGAGAUUGAUCUGGCUGCGGGACCCUCCUCUACUGUACGGUAAACUGAUCGAGGCCUUGGUCAUUGGUCUGGUGAUCGGGAUGAUCUACUUUGACGCGAAACGAGGGGUGUAUCUGCGCAUGUGUUUUUUCAAUCUUGCACUUUUUCAACGUCAGGCGUGGCAACAAAUCACCAUUUCGUUCCAACUGCGAAAGGUGUUUUACAAGCAACGUCCUCGGAACUUUUUCCGCACGGCGUCAUAUGCCAUUGCUGAGGCGUUGGUGCAAAUCCCGCACGCUAUCUGCGCCUACAUGACGAUGCUAAGUGCCUUCUCUCCCAGUGUUACGGUGGGGCAGGCGCUGGCUGGUCUUUCGGUUUGCUUCUUUUUGCUCUUCUCGGGAAAUAUCAUCUUAGCCGAUUUGAUUCCCGAAUAUUGGAUCUGGAUGUACUGGUUUAAUCCAAUUGCCUGGGCUCUACGCAGCCUCAUUUUGUCCGAGUUCUCGAGCGACCGCUACCCAGUUAGUCAACGUGACAAAUAUCUGGAUAGUUUUUCAAUCUCUCAAGACACUGAGUAUAUCUGGUUCGGUGUUGGCAUUCUGUUGGCCUAUUAUCUACUGUUCACCACGUUGAAUGGGCUAGCGCUGCACUUUAUUCGACACGAGAAAUUCUCCGGCGUGAGCGUCAAGACGUCAACGCAGAAUGCACCUGUUGAUCUGGACCAAGUGUUGGUUGAGAUUGCCACACCUGCACCUGUUGUUGAGCCUUCGAAGGAGAAAAGUGGCGGCUUGCCAUUCACUCCAUCGAAUCUGUGUGUGAAGGAUCUCGAGUACUUUGUAACUUUACCCUCAGGCGAAGAGAAGCAGCUUCUACGCGGUGUCACGGCUCACUUCGAGCCUGGACGGAUGGUAGCACUCAUGGGCUCUUCGGGUGCUGGUAAGACGACGCUGAUGGACGUGAUCGCUGGACGUAAGACUGGAGGACGCAUCGUGGGAGAAAUUAUGGUGAACGGAGAGCCCAAGAACCCAGCCACUUUCAGCCGCAUCGCUGCGUACUGCGAGCAAAUGGACAUCCAUUCCGAGGCUGCGUCGAUCUAUGAGGCGUUGGUCUUCUCAGCAGAUCUGCGACUCCCACCAACGUUCUCUAAAGAGCAAAGGAUGAAUCUGGUCAAUGAGACGUUGGAGCUGCUGGAGCUGCAGCCGAUUGCGAGUGCAAUGAUCGGGAACUUGUCCGUUGAGCAGAAGAAACGCGUGACGAUUGGUGUGGAAGUGGUGGCGAACCCAAGCAUCUUGUUCUUGGACGAACCGACUAGUGGCUUGGACGCUCGUUCAGCAAUAAUUGUGAUGCGUGGCGUGCAGUCUAUCGCACGCACUGGUCGUACGAUCUUGUGUACUAUUCACCAGCCCAGUAUCUCCAUCUUUGAGCUAUUUGAUGGUCUCUUGCUACUGCAACGAGGAGGCUAUACAGCGUACUUUGGAGACUUGGGCGAGGAAUCCAGCAAGAUGCUCGAGUAUUUCGCUACCAUUCCCGGGACGCUGGAGAUCCGCCCACAGUACAACCCAGCGACGUACAUGAUGGAGGUGAUUGGAGCAGGUAUCGGUCGGGGUAUGAAGGACUACUCGGUCGAGUAUACGAACAGCGAGUUGGGUAGAACGAAUCGUGAACGGACGCUGCAGUUAUGUGAAGUAUCGAGCGAGUUUACAAGACACUCGACACUGAACUACACUUCGAUCGCGACUGGGUUCUGGAACCAGUUUAGUGCCUUGGCCAAGAAACAGCAACUCACGUACUGGCGCAACCCGCAGUACAACUUCAUGCGGAUGUUUCUAUUCCCUCUCUAUGCGGUUAUCUUCGGAACGACGUUCUACCAACUACCUGUGGGUAGUGUGAAGAAGAUCAACUCGCAUGUUGGUCUCAUCUACAACAGUAUGGACUUUAUCGGUGUGAUGAACCUCAUGACGGUACUGGAAGUGACGUGCGCUGAACGUGCUGUGUUCUACCGUGAACGCAUGUCAAACUACUAUGGCCCACUGCCCUACAGUUUGUCGCUGUGGUUCGCCGAAGUGCCCUACUUGGUCGUGGUGAUUUGCUUAUUCGUGGUCAUCGAGUACUGGCUGGUGGGCUGGAACGACAAUGCCGAGGAUUUCUUCUUCUUCCUCUUCAUAUUUUACCUCUACACUUCAGCCUGCACGUACAUUGGCCAGUGGAUGUCUGCGCUGAUGCCGAACGAGAAAGUGGCGAACGUCGCGGUUGGUGCACUGUCUUGCUUGUGCAACUUAUUUGCGGGCUAUUUGCUGCCCCGGACAGCCAUGAAACCAGGCUACAAGUGGUUCCAGUACCUGGUGCCGUCCAGCUACUCGCUUGCAGCGCUGGUAGGAGUCCAGUUUGGCAACAACCAGGACAUUGUCCUUGUGGAUGCAGGCAAUACAACUGUACAGAUGACGGUGUCCGACUAUAUUGCACACACGUACGACUUCCACCCGGAGCUCAAGUACAACUUCAUGGCGGGGCUAUUGGUGAUCUGGGCCGUUCUUCAAGUAGCUAUUUACCUCACGUUCAAGUAUGUGAGCCAUCUCAAGAGAUAA